GAGGAAGAGAUAUGGGAAAGCUCCAAGCAACUAGAAGUGACUGCAGAGACCAUCCACCUUUUGAGGAAAGAUCUCAAUAAAACAAAGGAAUAUACAUCUCAGAUCAAAAGUCAGAUUACUAAACAUUUCAGUUGCAUGAAGGAAUAUGUUGAAAGACAGGAGAGAAACACACUGAUGUUCAUCGAACAAGAGCAAAGAGUUGCUCAGCAGAAGAUUGAAGAGACUAUUCACCAGCUCACGGAGAUCAAAGCCCAAACUUGUACCUUACCUGAUUACAAAGGCUCACCGGCAACAGUGAACAAAAUUACACUUGAUAAGAAGCUUAAUGAUGUCCGAAAUGCUGUGGAAGAUCUUAAGAGGGAGUUGGAAAUUUUACUUUUGGAGAGAUAUGCUCAGCAGUUCCCACCAGUGCAACCUCCAGACUCGUGUCAGGAGACAACUGACUGCUCACCACCUCCAGAGGCUGCAGCUAGGACUCCAGAACCAGUGAUUCCAAGCCAGUUUUCUCAGUGGGCAGAUGAUGUGACUUUUGACCACACGAGAGUACACGAGCGCUUAGCACUCACAGCCCAGAACAGGAGGGUGAUGGUUUCCAGCCACCCAACCUGCUAUGAGCCAUCACCCAACCGAUUCUGCAUCAGCCAAGUGAUGUGUUCACAGAGCUUCUCUACUGGGUGCCACUACUGGGAAGUCAUUACCGAGGACAGUGAUGGGUGGGCUGUUGGAGUUGCUCAUGAAAGGAUCGGUAGAAGGGACAAAUUAGGAAGAACAGAGCAUUCCUGGUGUGUGGAAUGGAUAGGUUCCAAAAAGCAGCUGUCAGCGUGGCAUGAGAACCAAGAAACAUCACUACACAAGGAUAAACCAUCGAAGGUUGGAGUUUUCCUGGAGCUACAGAAGAAGACUGUGUCCUUUUACUCCAUCACUGACAAAGAAAUGCUUUUGCACAGCUUUGAAAUCAGCACCUCAAAUCCUCUCUACCCUGCCUUCUGGCUAUACAGUCUGGAAAGUAAUGGAGCCUUAACUCUAAGUCAUCCAAACAGGAGAUAA